AUGAAAGAAUUUUCAAGCCAUUCUGAUUUCAAGUACAAUACAAUUAUCAACCAAAAAAUAGAAUAAUUUUCUCAUUCAAUUGCUAUCAAUUAGAAUAAUUCUCUAUUAUUAGUUUCCAAUUCAACUAAAAUAGAAAUGUUUGUAAUUUUAGAGGAGAAAUUAAAGAAAAUUUAGCAAAUCAUAUGUCAUAAAAGAAAAGUUGUAAGUUUAAAUUUCUUUAGAACUAAUAGAUUAUUUAUUACAGGGUCAUUUGAUUCAUAUAUUAUCUUAUGGUCAACAAUAAUGAUGUCAAAACCUAAAUACAUUUAAAAACUACUAGGACACAACUCAACUAUUUAAUGUAUAAUAAAACGCUUACCUAAUGAGGAUCUAAUUAUUUCUUGUAGUACUGAUUAUACUAUAAAAUUUUGGAUUUAGCUACCAAAAAAUAAUUAAUAGUGGAUCUGUUCUUAAACAGUAAGUGUGCAUUAAAAUAUUGUUUGGGGAAUCUCGAUAAAUUAAUAGGGUAAUUAAGUAAUUUCCUCUGGCGAGGAUCAUCUAAUCUUAGUGAUUGAAUAAAACUAACAAACUCAAAAUUGGUUCAUAAAAUAAAUGAUAUAAGUAGACUAAUCAGGAUUUAGUUUGUGCUAUAUAAAUAAGAAUGCCUUCAUUUUUUAACCUGAAUCGUCAGAAAAUUUAAUUGUAUAUACUCUAAAUGAAAAUCAAGAAUUCAUGAAAUUUAAAAAUUUUAAAGUUUUUGGUUAAGGUUAUUGUUGUUAUCCAUAUUUUCCUUCCAUUUAUAAUAAUCAAAAAUAGCUCUUAAUAAAUAAAAAUGGUAAUUACUUGAAUAUAAUGAAAGUAUAAGAAGAAAAUUAAGAUACUAAAUACAAUUAUACUGAAGCUGAAUAUAGCCUAAAAAUUAUUUAGGUAAUCAAUUAUGAGAAUUAUUACAUUUUUGGAACACUAAGUGAUGACGGAUAGUACCUAAUAACAUGGGAUAAGAUAUCUAGAGAGAUUUAAUUCAGAAAAUAUCAAGAAAUUGCUUGA